AUGCACGGCACAGUUUCACGGGCACGGCGCCGCGGUCCGACCGGCACGCGGCCCCUCCGUCGUCGCCGCGGCCGCGUGUGCACGAAACCGUACGCUCGGCCGUGGUUUCGCUGGAUACCCGACCCGGACCGAGUGGCUACGACUCGCACGGCUGGGGCGCCCGUCCGACGCCGACUAGGAAGAGAUUAUCCCGGUCGAUGCACGGCACAGUUUCACGGGCACGGCGCCGCGGUCCGACCGGCACGCGGCCCCUCCGUCGUCGCCGCGGCCGCGUGUGCACGAAACCGUACGCUCGGCUGUGGUUUCGCUAGAUACCCGACCCGGCCCGGGUGGCUACGACUCGCACGGCUGGGGCGCCCGUCCGACGCCGACUAG